AAUAUGGCCUCCUCAGGAGAGGAAAAGGAUGAUGGACAGGAUGACACAGGUGUGAAUGACUCCGAAAUUGUACUUGACCUCUGUGGUAGAAGGCUGAAAAGAUUGGAAAAAGCCCCAGCCAACCAGGCCUAUGCUACUGCUCUUGUAUUAGACAACAACUCUCUACAAAACCUUGCAAAUCUUGACAGCUAUGGGGAACUGGAAAGGUUAUCUAUUGCAAACAACCAGGUUGUGCGGAUGUACUGGUUUGCUCGCAUGUACUCCCUGCGAGUACUUAACCUACCAAAUAAUAACAUUGUCCAGGUUGAAGGGAUGAGAGAACUCAUCCAUCUGGUUCAUCUCAAUCUGGCUGGUAACAAGCUAAAGAUGAUUGAAGGGCUAAGUUACAACAAAACACUAGAGCACCUGAACCUGUCAGGAAAUUAUAUAUCUCAUGUCAAUGAUCUCUCAAUGUUGAAGAAUCUCAAGGAGUUGUUUAUCCAUCGGAACCGAGUCACUACCCUCUACCGCUGCAACAAGUAUUUACCUUCCGGUCUCAUCAUCCUCACAUUAUCUGAUAAUGCUCUUGUUGAUCUCAAUGACUUAUCAAAUCUCUCGCACUUAAAUCACCUGGAGCAGGUCACCAUUCUCAAUAACCCCUGCCUUGACCCCAUCCAGCCUACAGAUGAGUCUGGAGCCCCUCUAGGGCCCCCACUGGCCUUUGACUACAGACCUUACGUCAUCAACUGGUGCCUUAAUCUCAAGGUUCUCGAUGGUUAUAAGGUCACGCCAAAAGAGAGCUUAAAAGCAGAGUGGCUGUACUCUCAGGGUAAAGGACGAGGCUUCCAGGUAGGUGAGCACCCUGCACUGGUCCAGUACCUGUCUGGGGUAUGUCUGGCUGGCGGAGGUUGGGGAGGUGCUGACCUCCCUGAUGAUGAUGAUAAACUUGCCAAAAUUCUCCAGUUAGCCAAACAGCAUCAACAUGAUCUCAGACAUUCUGUUAAUGGACAGGAUGUGAGUGAGUCUUCGAGUGGGCGAGGCAGUAGGUCUAGCAGCCACCAUGACUCCCCAGCAACGCACCGCCGCAGCGUUACUCGAUCAACUUCUGUGAGACGCAACACUGCCCCCUCGCGGUCAGCUCCAGCCCGCGAGUGCCACCGCCGCACACACUCCCACUCCGCAGCCACCAGGAAUGAGUCUGGUGCGCGAUCUCAGCAAGCCCAUUCUUACCAUGUAGAGCUGUCCAACACCCUGUAUGGGGGGGACCUGCGUACACCUGACACCCCGAGCCUCAUGACCCAGAGCAUGGAUCCUGCCAUCUUAUCUCAACUAGCCGGUACUGCGCCUCGUGGAUCAACAGAUCUCAUGUCUCGAAGUCUGGGUGCUGAGCAGAUGUCUCGUUCCCUGGGUUUGGACCCGAUGACCCAAUCUAUGGGAGAAGAAGAGUUGAAACAUUCAAUGGAGUUUGACCCCAUGACACAGAGCCAGGGGCCAGAACAGCUGUCACGCAGCCUAGUACAUCAAGAUUCUAGUAGCAGCCUAAUGACACGCAGCUUGGACUUGGGCCAUCUCACCAAUGGAGAGGCUGAGGCAUGGGGGGAGCAUGUGUCUCAUCCUCUCCCCCACACCCACCCACGACCCACCAGCCUCUUUGGGGACGAGAAUGAUUUGGUGGUAGAAGACGUUGGUCCCCAAGAGCACAGCAGUCAGCUCACAGGGUCAAGUAAGUUUGUUCCUGCUCCAGAGAGUAUCAUGAGUCCAGAGUUUCAGGCAGCCAUGGCAACACGCACAACACUUAGUCACGGUUCUUCCGCAGGUGCCCAUACACAACAGACUGUGAGUGUGGCACGGUCCAAUUCUAUUACACGUUCUCAGCGUCCACCUCCGUCCGCUAGGCCCACAUCUACACCUCAGGCAUCCCCAAGACCAAAUGGUUCUCGGUCAUCAUCUGUCACCCGGCCUCGAGCUUCUCCUAUGAAGAGUCCAGUCCCCAAUGACAUUGCACGGGGCUCUCCUUCUCACACAGCACGCACUGCUAGUGGGCAGCCAAGCACAAAUGCAGGACCAUCAACUUUACCUAGACCAAAGCCUUCCCCCAAACCAGCCCCAAAAUAUGCAAGAUCUGUUUCUGUGGAACCUUCAACGAGAAGACCAAACUCAACCAAGAAGAAAGCUGCUUCACCACGUCAUGGGUAUUCAGAUGCUGACUCAGAUAACACAGACUCUGAGAUGUCAGUCUCCAAGCUGCAAACAAUUAAGAGCAUUGCAGCGGAGAGGAAGCAGACGGAGAAACGAGGAAGAGAUCCUACUCAUAGCUCUCAUGCCUACGAUCCAGAAAAAUACAGGAAUGGUGCUCCAAUUAGAAAUUCUGAUAAUAAGGAUGCCCGAAGACGGUCCAGCAAUAGCAGCAGUGGCAGCAGUACCUCUGAUCUUACCAAAGCCCAAGCAGCUGUCACACUUCAAAAACACUGGCGAGGAUACCAAACACGCAAUCACGACCCAAACGCUGCCAAGAUUAGAGAUGACAUCAGACAUUCAAGGGCAGAGCAACACAUUAAGCAUUUAACUGAGAAGUUGCAUUCCACCGAAGAAGCUUUAGAACGCGAGAGGCGACUCCGGCACAUGCAGUUGGAUGCCAUUCGUACUUUGUGGCGGGAGAUCCAGAAGCUGCAGGCUAGCAAGCGGGAUGGUGUCAAUACUCCCUCUACCCCAGUAACGCCUCUAACACCUCUCACACCUCUGGAUGCCAAAGAAGGAGCCACAUCAGCAGGCCCUAAAAAAUAUUCAGAGGAAAGUGUAAAAGAGCUAACUGAGUUUUGCGCAUCUCUACAAGGACAGGUGGGACAACUUCAGGAAUCACUGUCAAUGGUUACACAAGUGAUGAAUGCAUUUUGUAAUCUACCAGGAUCACAGUCACUUCUCACUAUGUCCCAGUCUAGUGGAUCAGGUCAUGAGAGAUCACCAGGAGCAGUUGAUUCACCACCAUCCCAGAGUGCUGCAACAGUUCCCGUUCCUCUCAGUGAAUCAGUAACCUCACUUACACAUUCAAUUCGUGCCCUCACCACUUCAAUUGUGAAAUCUCCAUCCAGUCGUAAAGAUAAUACGGUUUGCGGUGAAGGAAAUGGUGCUGUAGCUGGUGGUUGCGGUGAUGGUAGUACAAAGGUUCGUAGUGAUGAUAACAGUUGUAGGGAUCCAUCUAGUGAUGGUUCAGAUGGAACUCCAGUAGCUUGUCAAAAGCAGCCACCUCAGUUGGAUCAAUUUAUGAACCCAGAAAUGGUUAACUCCAUGGCUUCAGUGGCAUCAGCUGAUCUUAAUGCAACUGCUCUUGAUGCAUCUACUCUUUCCGUUGAUUCAACUGAGGGUGGAGAAGCAGAUACGACUGGUCGUGAUGAAGCUGAACUCUCUGAAUCAAGUCAGUCAUCCCUUUCUGGAAGUCUGUCUGGAAGUCAUUCAGGCAAUCAAUCUGAAGGUGGUCGACAAACUGCUUGCCAAGGCCCGCCAAGACCGUCCUCCUUACCAGUUACAAGGCCACAUACUCCCCGCACCACUGCCUCCUGACCCCCUUGUCCCCAUCCUGCUCUAGUACUUCACUCUACCUUAUGUCCCGGUUUACGCCCCGCACCCCGUGCUAUACAGCAUUAUGCUAAUGCCCUUUUAUCAUCGGUGCUCACUGAUCUCACAAUAAUUGCAGGUCAGAAACCAAGGUGAACCCCAACAAAUAUUUAUGGCA